AUGCGCAGCCAUGUGUCCAUCACAGGCGUGGCAUGGCUCGCCGCGAUACUCAGCAUCUUUAGCUCGUGUCGAGGGCAAGCUCCGCCUUCACCGCCGGAGCCUCCACAACCACCUGCGCUUGCACCGCAGCCCCCGGCAAUGCCCCCGGCCAUGCCGCCGGCUAUGCCUCCAGCCAUGCCUCCAGCCGUGCCACCAGCCAUGCCACCGGCCAUGCCAACAGCUGCUGAGACUGACCCUCCAGCUCCGCCACCCGUGCUGACGGACGGGCCGACCACGACUCCUUUGCCUGCCGAGCCGGCAGUGACAGAACCGACAGAGCGGACAGACGCAGAGGCCGCAGAAGCAGAGGCCCCUGCAGCACCAGUCCAGGUCAGCGAAGCUGUCGAAGUCUCCACAGAAGUGGCCGAGGAGACGGAGAGCGCCACACCGGCACCGCCGGUGUCCGAGGAGGACAGCAAGUAUGGCAUCCCCGUGCCCAGCACGGACGCGGACCUUGCAGCUGAAAGCCAGACCGGGGAGGAUCUCGCCGUGCUCUCGAGCGAUUCGGCCGGUGGCGAGGGGGAGACUGCUGGGGACGAAGCAGCAAAGCCUGCCAGCAACAACCAGGAGCAGGCUUCGUCCGCCCUCGGCGCUGUUGUCCAAGAAGGCGAAGAUGAGCUUCUCAAGGCUGCCAGCAUGUCCGAUCGAGAGGAGUGGCUCUCAAUGGGGAAGAAGAUGGAGAGCGAAGCAGAGAAGCAACAGCGCUUGGCGAAGCUGAACUACGCAAGCAAGCAGAAGUACAGGUCCACAAUGAGAGCCCUAUGA